CAAAUUCUUUUAUUCCAGCUACUCAAAUCGAGUUUUAAGUACAUCUGUUUUACUCGUCCAUUGCCGGCCGCCUCGAUGUAUUUAUAGAAACCAUAAACAAUCGGCGACUCAACGUUUACACACACGCUACCACAGAUACGUAGCUAUAUAGGCAAUAUUCAUUGCAGUAGUAGCAAUAGUUUUUUGCAAAAAUCUCGGAAACUGAGAAGCCGAGUGGCGGUUCCUACACACAUGGGAAAAAGUUGUUCAAAAUGUUCAUUUCUACACAUAUUCAAAAAUCGUCGAAAUCGAUGAAAUAAUCCAUUGAUUAUUAUAUCAUAGAAGUUGUUUAUAAAAAACAUUAUAUGAUGAAACCACAACAACGAAGUGGUCAGACAUUAAAAUAUAUUAGUUUAAUUACACUUACAUUACAAAAUGCUCUGGUUGGACUUAGUAUGCGUUAUGCACGUACGAGAUCAGGAAAUAUGUUUCUUUCAUCAACUGCGGUAGUAAUGGCAGAAGUUGUUAAACUUUUUACAUGUCUAACAUUAGUUCUUGUUGAAGAAGGAGAUCUUGCAAAAUUUUUUAAUGCAAUAAAGUUGACAAUUAUAAAGCAGCCUAUUGAUACUUUAAAAGUAUCUGUGCCAUCAUUUUUAUAUAUUAUACAAAAUAAUCUUUUGUAUAUAUCAGCAUCUAAUUUAGAUGCAGCAACUUAUCAGGUAACAUACCAACUAAAAAUUUUAACAACAGCAUUUUUUGCUGUGAUAAUACUGCGAAGGUCUUUAAAAAGUACUCAAUGGGGAGCUUUAAUAUUAUUAGUCAUAGGAGUAGUAUUGGUACAAUUAGCACAAAGUUCAGAUAUUACUUUACCAUCCGGCAUAGAACAGAGUCAUUUACUCGGAUUUUCAGCUGCUUUAAGUGCGUGUUUUCUAUCAGGUUUUGCAGGAAUAUACUUUGAAAAAAUACUAAAAGAUUCAGAUAUAUCAAUAUGGAUGAGAAAUGUUCAAUUAAGUUUAUUAUCAUUACCUUUUGGAUUAAUUACAUGUUUUGUAAAUGAUAGUGAAAUGUUAAAAAAACAAGGUUUCUUUUUUGGCUACGAUUUAUUUAUUUGUUAUUUAAUUGUACUUCAAGCAGGUGGAGGUCUCAUUGUUGCAAUGGUAGUUAAGUAUGCAGAUAAUAUACUUAAAGGUUUUGCUACGUCUCUGGCCAUUAUAAUUUCAUGUAUAGCUUCUAUAUAUCUUUUCAAUUUCCAUUUGAAUUUCCAGUUUUCUUUAGGUGCAAUUUUAGUAAUAUGUUCAAUUUUCAUGUACAGUCAUGAACCAAAAUCCACAUUUGUUGAUAGGCAUUCUCUAACUGAUAAAGUUUGAUGUAAAUCAAACUAAAUAUUCUUUAAUUCAGCGAAUAUUUUAACAUGUUCAUUCAAUAAUAUUUGAACUGAUAUAUUUUUUCCAUAUGAAAUAGCAAUUAUAUGGUUAAAGUAUUAGUAUCUACAAUCAGUCACAAAAGUUUAUACACACUUGAUAAAUUUUAAAUAUUUAAAGAAAAAUAAGAACUUCCAACGUUAUUAAAUUAAUUUAUUUAUUAGAUAAAAUUACAGAAAUUUUGAAAAAAUUUUUAUAUCUACUUUGUGUGCGUGCAAGUGUGAAAAACAUGAAUAAAUCGGAAAAAAUUGACAAAAUUUGAUAGAAUUAUCGACAGUAUAUUAAAGCUUAUAAAAUGAAUUCUUACAAUAAUA